AUGGCGAUCGCCCUGGAGAAUGCAGCGAAGGGGUGCAGCAUUCAGACUGAAGAUGAGACGGGCGGGUUCUUGGAUAACAUCGAGUACCGAGGAGGUGGCUACGCCAUCCUGAGGGCUUUGUGGGACGCUCAUGAGAAGGGUCUUGCACUGCUGUCAGCGAACCAGAUUUGUGCGAGGGCAAAGCAGUGGUGCUCCCAUCACAUGGCAAGUGGUCUCUUCGCGGGUUGUCAUCGCGGCCUUGGCUGGGAUGCCCAUGGAUCGUUGUUGAAGCACGGGAUUCUGAAGAAGCAGAAGCUGAAGGCUCGAAAGCAACGCGAUCGUAUUGAUGUCUUCUGCCUGACCUCAGAGGGCAGUGAGUUGGUGGUGAAGUUGAUAGAGAUGUCUGCGGAUGAGGAGGGGCCGGCGACUCAGGCGACUCAGACCCCCAGAAGGAGCCUGGUGCGACAUCAGAGCCAGACGCCCCCAAAGCCGGAGAGACAUCCAGCAAGUGCCGAGGAGCCACCCAUGAAGAAGCCAAAGGUCACAGAGGGAGCUCCAGCUGUUCCGAUGAUUCCCCUCACGACUCUUUGCCGAAGCAUGGCUCGCUGCUUCGCUGCCCUCGGCUCACCGAUCCCCAAAGCGAGGCUCUACAAGUUGGUGGCCAGUGAGCACGACUGCACCGCAGCUGCCUUCAGCAAGCAGCUCUCAAGGCUCGAGGAGUUGAACAAGCUCUUCAUUGCCGAGGAUGAUGUGCACCUGGUGUAG